CCUCUCCCUUGCGUCAGCGUUGGAAAGGGCGAGUGGACCGCGAACCGCGAUGAAACGAGCGCACGCUGUACGAGCUCCGAGGCUCCCUCCGGCGUGACCUGUAGCUGCAACCCGCGGAAGCACCAGGGCUGGUAACGUUUGGCGCUAGCAGGCAUUGUGGCAGGAUGCCUAUUCAUAGCGUGUGUAGCGUCAGCGCGUGAGGACGCCGAAGGAAGGGCCCCUCUAAAUAUAGGAGCCAGGAGCUUGGGGACCAUGCCAGUCCCAGGGCGGACUUGGCUACAGCGGCUUCGCGUCCCGGCGGACUGACCGCCCCGCCGCACGGAUGGACUGGAGUUCGCUGACCCUCCUGCCUAAUUGGCCGCCAUGUUGGACAUCAUCCGCAGCCUUAAGUCCUUGCUCAAGACUAGCCGGGUCCACAUCGAUAAUGAGGUCUUCCGGCUGCACUACACGGCGACCGUCAUCUUCCUGCUGGCCUUCUGCAUAGUUGUCACAACGAAACAGUUCGUCGGAGACCCCAUCGACUGCUCCAGGUCGGCAGAGGUGCCUCAGAGUGUCAUCAACACGUAUUGCUGGAUACAUGCCACGUACAGUGUCACCAGCCUCAUGAAGAAGGAUCGUGAUUCUGUGGUUUAUCCAGGUGUCGGUCCAGCACGCUCGAGCAGUUCUUUUAACCCAGAGGACCACAAGUACCAUCGCUAUUACCAAUGGGUUUGCUUCAUGCUUUUCUUUCAAGCGACUCUCUUUUACUUGCCUCGAUGGCUAUGGAAGUUUUGGGAGGGCGGCAAAAUUCAAGCCCUCAUGAUGGACCUAGAUGUUGGGAUGUGCGGUGAGACGGAGAAGAAACAGAAGAAGAAGAUUCUCGUGGAAUAUCUUGUCUCCAGUGCCAAAACGCAUGAUUGGUACGUUGCUCGUUACUUUCUCUGCGAGCUACUGGCCUUCGUCAAUGUCGUUGGCCAGAUGUUCCUCAUGGACAAGUUUUUUGACGGCGAGUUUCUCACGUACGGGCUCGACGUUAUUCGGUUCCUGGACCAAGACGACGAGGAUCGGAUAGACCCAAUGGUGCGUGUAUUCCCGCGGGUCACAAAGUGCCAGUUCUACAAGUUCGGACAGUCUGGUACAGUGGAAACACACGAUGCCAUCUGCAUCCUUCCCCUUAACAUCGUCAACGAGAAGAUCUACAUCUUCCUGUGGUUCUGGUUCAUCAUCCUCGCCAUAGUGACCGGGAUGGUGCUCUUGUUCCGUGUCAUCAUAACGGCGUGCCCGCCGGUGCGGGUCUACCUGCUCAACCUGCGUUUCCGCUUCGUGCAUCUAGACCACCUGCACACUGUAGUGAGGCGAGGAACACUCGGUGACUGGUUUCUCAUUUACAUGCUGGGCCAGAACGUAGAUUCCAUUAUUUUCAAGGAAGUGAUUGCGGAGAUGGCUAAACGCAUGACGACAGAACCCAAAGAGUCGUCCGCAUGACGACGUGGGUGCCGGCUAAGCCGGCCGCCUUACAGCACCCCAGUGCCUCCGCACCAGGACGUGUGAUCCGCUGGCGCAAUCCUCACGCGCGUCACAUGUUAGUCGCGGUCAGACUCGGCAGUAUAAGUUGUGUAUCUUCAUGUGUUAGAAGGGGCAGUCGACUUGAAUUCCAGCUGUGCCUGAUACUUCCAUCAGGAUUCCGGAGUACGUACAUAUGGCCACCGUUGCAUUUUGGAUUCAAGUUCCUACACCUUUCUGGUUCUAUGUAUUCCAGUGCGCUUCGGAACGUUUGAUGCAACGAUCUUCACGGUGUCUGUAAACGAUGUUUUGGUGCAGACUACAGCCACGUUGCCGACAGUCUUCGCUGGAUACUGAUUCGUGUGACUACACAUAUCUCUAGCUGUGUAUCUUUGCAGUGAUGGGUGGACACCCCCGUUGAAGACGUCACAUUUCUUUUUGCGGACCGUAAACACUGCUGUCCAUAAUGCAGUUGUCAAUUCAAUGGUACAUUUAGUUCUAAGGAUGAUCAAAAGUCGAAACCGCCAUUGUACGGAUAACAUAGAAAUCAUAGUUUCCCAAGUGACAACGAGGGAAAUGAUGAAGCAGACUGUAGAUUUUAUGAACACGCAGACUUUCACAUUGCUUCUUGUAUACUCCUGAAAGACACUCCGAUUAUGACGAACUAUAAUUCUGCACUGCCUGUCAGAUUUCAAACAUGUUAUUAGAUAUACAGCGAAAAGUGACGUGGCGGCAUGUGUAAAUUGUGUUCACUGAUGUGAUGCACGCCGAACAAUGCUGGGCACAUAAUGUCGCGGAUAAAGGAGCUGCAAGAGUGAUAGUAUCCGCAACCAUAGUUAAGAGCUUCCACAGUAACUAUAGCGCAAUAACAUAUCGUUAUCUAUCCCCGUUUCAAAGCAAGAGGUUUGAACUAUUCUGUGUUGUAACUGAUAGCUUGGAUAAUCGUUGAAAGGUUGAGAUUUCCCGUCGAACUUCGAAACUGGAAAAUAUUUCAGCAGAGAUAUAAGUAUUAAGCAGGUAUGACGUCGGAAUGGCUCGUACGCUCGAAAUUUUCGAACGCAAAUGUACUCGCACAUGGCCUUAUACAGGUGUGUGUAGUCGGGGCACGAUACAUAAUAGUAUUUCUCCCUUUCUCUCUUUUUUUUACCUCUUUUAUGUAUGGGAGCUACAGAAUGUAUUCUAGCCGAGAAACAUGUGCUCUAUAGUUAUUCAAAGUGUAUGCCAUAUCGGUAUCCUUGGCUGCAGUGGAACUUCUCUUAGUUGCAUGAAUAUGGAAGCUAUAUAAGGCGAGCGGCGGGUCCCUUUCUAUACAUCUAUCUAUCCAACCAACUUCCCUACGUAUACUUUUACAAUGAUGACCAAUACCGGAAGUGGACUGGAGCCAUUAACCACAGCCCGACUCGGGUAUGUCCAGGCAGAGUGGACAGUUACGCAAUAAUACAUCAAGAAAUAUUGCAACUCUCAUCCCCUACAUGCAGUCGCAUAAAGGAAAAGCUAGUGUAGUGGUCAUGUGUUACGUCAUACGGUGCAAAACUUUGGAAAUAUAGUGCUCGCGCGCCGCGUGGACAGCAUCUGCAAAGUUUUGCACCGCAGUGACGUAAUGUUUAACCGCAACACUAUUCUUUCUUGAUGUGACGGUAAUGCAUCAGCCUUAUUGCUAGAUGUGUAGACUGCAGGGUGCCCCAGCUGUGUAGACGCCGUGCUUCAGAUAACGAUUCAGCUCCAUUUCCGGUGUUGGUCAUCAUUGUAGAGGAAGUAACUUUAGUCCUGUUGGAGACUAAGUGCAUUGCCACAAACCGUUACUCCCUUUCAGGGCUAAAUGGGAUGGGACUUUACGAAAAGCUUAGGGAACAUUUGCAGUGCUAUAUCGGGAGAAGAUUUCGAAGUGACAGGAUUGAGGUGAGAAGUAAUUGCAACCUAGGGAACCAGAAGCUGUAAUUGCUUCCCAAGCUUUUUAUUAUUCUUUUCUUUGAUAUUACGAGUACAGGAGACCAGCAGCUCAUUGUAUCAUCUAUAUUCAUGUAACAUUGCGCAUGGCCGUUACAAAAAUAUCUAGUUUUCUGAUAUAUCCAAGAGGCACAUACAAUAUAACUGAACGGUGAACGUGUUUGUUCUUGUUCCUUGCCAUUUUUGCAUGGAAGCUGGAAAGCAACGCGGCACUCUGGAAUAACCAGUGGUAAGCCCAUAGAAAAAUUGAACGAACGAUGCCGUUGUGUUGUGUUUUAAACACCUCACGACAGCGGACACGUAAAACGUUUUACCGCAAAUAACAGCGAUAAUUACGCAGUAUACCGGGGCACUGCAUAAUGCUGCCUCAUCUUGUAGUCAAGUUAAAGCGCAACUACAUUUAUGCAUCCCUAUUUAGGGAUUUCUCGGAAUUUAUCCCUAAAUGCGGAAACGUGUAGGAUCGUAACUAUAACUUAAAGCGCUCUCCAACACCUAUAUGAUAGUAUUGUUAUACGGGCGCCUAUGGUGUAAUAUCGUUGUCUUAUAGGCGCCUGUUGCAUGCUGAAUAAGCGUGUACAUGUUGCUAAUAUUAACGCUGUUAAGAACAUUGUUGGAUAUUUGCGGAACAGUGGUGAAAAAGAAUGUUAGCGAAUGCAUAUAGUACCAGUGCCUGCCUUUCUUUGCUGGAAGUGUGCAUCUUUUCCUCUUCAUCACUGCCACCAUGAGGAUGAUCAUUUCGAUAAGUUGAUGAUAAGUAAGAUGAUCAUCAUCAUCAUGAUCAUUGAUCAUUGAUUAUCAUUUCGUGUUGUUCCACGAGCGGUAUUGUUCCAAGUAUUUUGGUACAUGCGCUCGCCGGGAUAAGGCAGUUUUAUUCACAGUACAGCGGUUUGUACAAAUUUGACAUCGACAGACGUCAAGCCUGUCUUGUGUUAAUUUAGAGCCGACGCAUGCCCCAGAGGGAGUAAAAUGAUACAACUAGUUUUGUAAUAAAACCUUUGUUUUCACACUUGA